AUGCCCUGCCAACGCCGUAAUCAUGAAAUUGUCAGCUCCUUCUUUAUCGGACCCAAAGCCGAGAAUGUAGAGAUCUUCAAGGAAAAUAUUGAUACAAUCCUACAAUCAGUCCUUACAGCACGUCGGAAUUAUUACCCUAAUGAUAAAGUCUUUAUAACGCCACAUAUCAAGAACUCAGAAGCCUCUAAAACGGCUACUGAAAAACUUGCCUAUAUAGUUGAGCAAACCGCCAACAAAUCAGGGGAUGGCUCGAUCCCUUAUUGGCAUCCUCGCUACCAGGGCCACAUGUGCAUGGAACUGACAAUGCCCGCCGUGCUGGGCUAUUUUAUGACUAUGAUCUAUAACCCCAACAAUGCGACCUUCGAGGCGAGCCCGUUUACAACAUCAAUUGAGUUGGACGAGGGGCAGCAGCUGUGCGAAAUGGUUGGAUACAACACUCCAAAAACCGAGCCUCGGCCUAAGCCUGAUAUACCCUUCUCCUGGGGCCACAUAAACUGUGAUGGAACCGUGGCUAACCUAGAAUCCAUCUGGGUUUCGCGAAACCUCAAGUUUUACUCCCUUACCCCUUAUCUCGCCAUGAAACAGUCCUGCUGCCGGAAACCCCAAUUUGCCCCUUGGCUUACUACGACACUGUGCCGCCUCUUAUGCCUGGGAUAUACCGGCGCAAGUCUCGUCACAGCCCACAGGUCGGCCCAUAGCCAGCGAGCACGUCAAACGCAUCAUUCUCAGCCUGCUCCUGUACUAGAAAAUAUAGACAUAUUCUCUUUCUCGUAA